UUAGCAUGUGCACAGCCGGAAGGUAGCAAUUGUGGCUUUGUUGAAUGGGUUGAUCACCAGUGGCCCCCAACAAUGCAGAAUGCAUUGUUGAAGCUAUGGGCAAUGGUUGAAGAUGCCAAAAGUGCUAGGGUGAAUGACAAUCUUGAGAAUUCUUUCACUAUCCACCAUCUGACAGAAGAGAAGAACAAGCUGGAGGCCAACUAUGACAAGCUAGUCCAAGAUGUGCAUGAGCUGAUGAACUUCCAGGAAGAUAAGGUGGUGGAUUUCAGGCAUCUGCAGUCUGCCAUUACAUAUCAGCAGGAGGUAAGAAAAGAACUGACUGAUGAUAUGAAGGCAAAGAUGGCAAAGAAAGAUGCAGAGACCCAGCAACUUACUCAGAAGUAUGAGGUGCUGCUCAACCUGACAAGAGCUCAAGCAACAGUCAUUCAGAACUUGAAGUUGAACAAAAUGAAAGAGAAGCAAGUGCUUACUGAAGCUAGUAUGAAUUUGGAGCUGAAGAAUGCAGAGCUAACUAAGUGUCAGGAGAAGCUCACCCAAGAGAAGCUAGAGUUGAAGCUUCAGGUUGCUGAUCUGCUUAAGGGAAAUAAAAAGCAUAUUGAAGAGAAGUGGCAGUUAGAGUUUCAGAAUGAAAAGUUGAAGGAGAAGUUCAGGGGGAUUCAAGCCAUCUUGGAGAAGUGAAGAAGAUGAAAUGAGAUUAGUGGCAUUGCUGACCUUUUGGGAAUGAUGGUUGUGUAAUGACCUAGCAUCUAGGAACUAAUGUUGUGUACUGUAUGCUUGUACUAAUGGUGAACUAUGGCUGUGUAUGUAUGUAGUAGUUA